AGUACAUAUCAACCAGCACGGCGCACUUCUUUGAUAAAGCAAAAACACUCCCCACGUGGUGGUCUUUAGGACGUGUACUUCGCCGCAUCUCAGUCAUGGUCUUCAUGCCCCACUGCUGGAAACCCCGGGCCGAUCAUGUAGCAUGACCUCAUGAGCCAGCAGGAAGACACUCCAAGCAGGAGAUAUUAAUACCUUCUUUGUUAAUCGUAUAGUACGAUGGGCAGACCGAGGACUUCUACUUCGAUUCUGUGCAUUGAUUUGACAUUUCCGGCACGCCACGACCUGGAGGAGAGGUGGAACAAAAACCCCCGGCGCGUUUGUAAUCGUAAGAGGGCAAGUACAUGAUUGAUCGUCAACAUCACCGCCGCGAGAUGUAGAAACAUGGCAACACGUCGUCGUUCCACGAUCGUCGCUUUCAUCUUCGCCGUCAAAUAUAAAAUGGGACGAUGAUGAUGAUCUCCAGGUGGCUUCUCCUGGAGAACGAAGAAGCGCGCUUUUCUUCAGAAGGAUCGAAGAUGACGCGAGAAUCACAAUCUCGGCCAUGUCCAUCAUCACGACGGUGGAAAAUGAAUAAAAUGCCGCACAGCUGCUCGUGCACCGGCGUGGUCUACAAUUUCUUCAUGCGGCUGUUUAGAAAGAAUAAGCAUCUGAUUGGUCAGUUUGAUGAUCCUGAUGACCGACUUGAACAGGGUCGUGGCGCCGCAGGUGGUCGAGGAAAGAACUUCUACUUUCACGACUUCUUGCGCUGUCAACAUGAUUUGUUCAACAUCUACAAGCGACGACUUGCUCCUCCUUUGUUCUUCCCCGUCUUGAAGCUCCGACAACGUCGUCCACGAGAAGAACUUCUUCGCGGCGGUCGUCUUGCGUCACCCGCUCCCGUGGCCCCACGGCCCUUGCAGUUGUGUAAGAAGACCUCUAGAAGAAGUUCUUGUGCUCCUGCCGCUUAUCAUGUACUGCCAGGACGAGGUGGUGGACGUCGACGGCCGCGUGCGCAGGAGGUUAUCUUCUAUGAUUACUACCGUCUGCUCCUUCUCCUCGUCGGGGCGUGCGCAGUUGCGUUUUUCACCUUCUACGUGCUCUAUCAAAUGUAAAAAUGUCUGGGUCGGGAAGAAUUCAUGUUUGUCAUGCUUGUCUGGCAUGACUGUUAAAUCUGUCAUGCACGUUACCCAAGAGCUCCGUUUUUCUGUGAUGCAGAAACGCAGUUUGUCAUGCAGAAUAGGCAACACCUAGAAGCUCAGAAACUUGUCAUGUUGAGCCAGCACUUGUGGCCUCAUCAUGAGACGCCACCCAGCAUCACAAGUUUCCAGACCCAGACAUUUUUACAUUUGAUAUGCUCGUCUCGGUUCUGAUUUCUUGUUCCGUGGUCGUCGUCGCACCGGAGCAACAAGGCAUUAGAAUUGAUGACCAGCACGAGCAGGACCACGCUGGUAGUUCCACGGUCAUCAUGCACACAACACCUCGUCCAGCACCAGCACCUCCGGACGGCCGCUCAUAUUACAGCUGCUUCAGCAUCAGCCUCGGCCUUCACCUUGCAGCAUUCGCUUUGGACACGACGUCCCGGUCCCGGCUUGUUCAAGAACAACUAGAAGCAACAGAAGGCACAGCACAUCAGGGUCGUGAAGAUGUUCAGGCGGAGGACGGGGAGGACGAGAUAUUAACGAUGUUGAGUGCAACCCCGCAUCCAGGGCAGGCGCAGAGCACUGCUCCUGGGCACGAUCUGCGCUUUGAGUCUUUUACACAAGAGGGACGAGAUAUCCCACGAAAAAACUGUUUCACUGUGAUGAUUUUGCAAGAAACGCAUCACAAGUUUGUUUACACAUGACACAGAAAAUUUGCCAUGCGCGUUUUUCCCAUAGAGAAAAACACGGUUGGAACUCCAAUGCUCUAUGCAGGUGUAGCAAGGCAAAUAGUUCUGUGUUCCAUUUUCUGCAUCACAGGUUAACAGCGAAACAGUUUUCUCUUGCGAUACGAGAAGCACGAGUGGCCGUAGAGGACGUCGUCGAGGAAGAAGCGGUAUGCAUUGCAAAAGUAUCGUACUCGUAGUAUUAGUAAUGGUAGGCAUGCAUUACAAAUCCGAUUCUUAAGGCAAAUCCGCAUAACAAAUUCCGUCUGGCAUGCUAAGCUAAUUUGUAAUGCAAUUUGUACUAGUACGAUAGGAUACUUUUGCAAUGCAUAAGCGGACCAAAGCUACGACGGCGCGGCUGCCAUGGCCAAAUCCGAUUCCAGACAAAAUGGAUAUCAAAUGUAAAAAUGUCUGGGUCUGGAAGAGUCAUGCGGGUUUUGCAUGACACAGAGGGUCCGGCAUGGAAGCUCUAGCAUCACAGGUUUCGAGAAGCUUCCGCAAUGCCGAAUCCGCAUGACAAAUGCCCCACUUUGGUGACAAAAAGUGGGCAGCUUUUGCUGCCUAUGCAUGAGAGACUUUUAUGUGUUAUGAAAUGCGCAUCACAAGUUGCAUUAUUCCAGACCCAGACAUAUUUGCAAUGCAUAAUGGAGCAGGAGGAACUUCUACUACACCUAGUAAUUAUGAUGUUGCGCCACCUCCUAGCACAUUUUUUUCUUCUUCACCGACCCGGGGUGAUGAUGAAGAAGAAGAACAAGAAGAACGCGACACUGCUGGUUCGGCACAAGUAGAACAUUUUGUUCCCGAGGAUGCGGCUGCCAGUGAGACUCUCCGGGCAACGGUUCACAAGAGUAAAGGGGGCGACUAUUUCGAGAAAGAUAUCGUCGAUGAUUACCUGGUACCAAAUGCAAGAAAUAUGUCUGGGUCUAGAAGAUUGAUGCCAGGUUUGUCAUGUAUCUAAUUCGUAGCUCCUAGACCUUGCCUGGCCCGCGAUUGACUCCAGGGCAGCCGGAUGGCUGUGACCUGGCUAGAAAGGGCUUCGUCGAUCGAUUGCGCCAGUGAGGCCUUGUGUUCCGGCUCGAUGGAGGGCGGGACCUGCGCCGGCCACAGGCGCUACCCAACCAACCAACCAACCAGACACGAGCUGCAAUCUUCCAGAUCCAGACAUAUUUGCAAUCCAUACCUUGUGAAGGGGGAAGAACCCACUUGGGCCGACGCAGCGCAUCUGUUGACGAUAUUGCAUUAAAAAGUGCCCCCGCCACCCCCAAAGUUGCAAUAACUUGUGAUGCGAAGUUUCCAAAUGAAAAGUUUUUGUCAUGCAUGAAAGGAGUUAGUUGUAGGAAUCUUUCUGUUUCUGAUGCAGAGUCUAGCUCUAGGCGUGCACGGCAUCGCUUGCAUGACAAGCGCCGCGCUUGCUGAAGCUGAGAUCUUUUGCAAUAGUACAAACUUUUGCUAUUCACGAUUAUAUAAUGAUCUGUGACGCUGAUAGAUGCAAGAGGGCGAGCGUUUCAUUUUGCAUGGCUUACAAUACAAAUGCUCCCAAGUUCUGGGGUCCUCGUGGGGGCAUUUUUCAUUGUGAUAGACGAGAACACCUAUUCACUUUGCGCGAGCCAGCUUGUUCCGCGAGCAAGUGCAGCGGAGGGUGGCACGCCGUAUCCUGGAAAUGGGGGAGGAAGAGGAAAAGAACGCUAUCAAAUGUAAAAAUGUCUGGGUCUGGAAGAGGAGAAGUUUGUCAUGCACAUUUUCCAUGAUCCAUCCAUGAUGUCUGUGAUGUACUUAUGCCAUAGCAUCACAGAUUUUCUGAGCGCCUAUCGAUGCACAUCCUGCAUGACAAAUGCCCUCUACGCGUAGCCAAAUUUUUUGACUCCUCUUGCUGCUCAUGCAAUACAGAUUUUUUUAGCAUCCAAAUGCAGCAUCACAAGUUCAGAAUCUUCCAGACCCAGACAUUUUUGCAGUUCAUAGACGCGCUGUACGACCUAAAGAAAGAACUGUACAAGGCGUACGCCGGGCGGCCGAUGUAUGGAGGCGUCAGGAUUGAAAUCGUCAAAGUUGAAAUAACUUGCACAUGCAUAAAAUCGAUAACAGUUGCAAGCCGAAUUUCCAAGCGGUGCAUGACAAAUUUUCCGAGCACCGGAAUCCAAUUUGUCAUGCUGUUUGGGCACAGACGGCUGCUUUUGUCAUGCUACUCCCAAACAGGCUGACAGUCGGCCUCGCUUGCCAUCCCGGCAAGACAGGCGUUGCAUGCCUUGUAUUUUAUGCAUGACAAACUAUUUCUAUUUCAACUUUGACGAUUUCAAUUCUGACGCUUCCAUACGAUGCAGGAUCAAGUGGACGCGCGGCAGCGCAACAAGGAGCUGGUGCGCAUCCAGCGGGGCCUGUGCGAGUGGGUGAAGUUCGGCGUCGAGUAUGCGC